AUGCACACCCUCCACCACCUCCUCACCCUCGCAGCCUGCGUCCAAGCCGCCAUUCGAGGCUUCAACUCCGGCGGCACCGGUCCUAAUGGCAUCAAACACGCGGCAGAUUUUAGAAAGGAGUUCGACAGAAUCCGCACAUUACCAGGAACCGACCCCUUCACCUCCAUCCGCCUCUUCAGCACCAUUCAAGCCGGAACCGUCAACGAUCCCGUCGAAGCCUUCCAACCCGCCAUCGACACAAAGUACACCACCCUCCUCCUUGGCCUGUGGGCGUCUGCGGGUCAGGAAGCUUUCAAUAAUGAACUCGCCGCUCUGAAGAAAGCCAUCGCGGCCCACCAGACGCAUUGGAAAGAUAUUGUGGUGGGGAUUAGUGUGGGCAGUGAGGAUCUGUACCGCAUUACGCCGACUGGAAUUGGAAACAAGGAGAAUGUGGGAGUGGGGCCUGGAGUUAUUGUUGAUUACAUCAAGCAGACGAGGGCUGCUAUCAAGGGUACGGUGGCGGAGGGCACGAAGGUGGGACAUGUUGAUACGUGGACCGCUUGGAUAAGUGGAUCGAACACUGCUGUGAUUGACGCCGUGGACUUCCUGGGAUUCGAUGGAUAUCCUUACUACGAGAAAGACACUGGACGGAACAGUAUCAAAAAUGCGCAGCAGUUGUUCUUCGAGUCAUACAACAAGACUGUGGCCGUGAGUAAGGGAAAGGAGGUCUGGAUAACAGAGACUGGGUGGCCAGUAUCAGGACCACAAGAUUUCGGCAAGUCCGUGGCUUCAAUCCCGAACGCGAAGAAAUACUGGGAUGACGUGGGAUGUCGUGUGUUCGGCAACAUCAACACAUGGUGGUUCAGACUGGACGAUGCGAAGCAAGAUCCAAAGGAAGUAUCGUUCAGUACCAUCAAGCCGAACCAUGGAGAACCACUUUUCAGCUUGACUUGUCCCAAGUGA